AUGGCGCGCACUCGAUCCCAACCCAUGUCGCCAUCUGGCUACCAGAUCUGGGAGACGCCACGCAGAACUCGCAGAACGGCAACUGAAGCUACUGAAGCUGCUCCUGCUCCCAAACCAGCUGCCAAAGCUACAAAAGCCCCCAAAGCAGCAACUACGCGUGUCAACAAAAGCAAAGCUAAAAAGGGCAAGAAGCCAGCUCCCAAGAAGCGUCUGCCAGGAAGCUACGACGAUGAUGAAGAUGACGAGCGUGAAGAAGCUCCUGCCGCAGAAAGCAGCACCUCUAACAGCAAUGGCAACGAAGCUGUAAACACUGCUGUAAACAAUAACAAUAACAACAGCAACAGCAACGACCGUGGCAACGCCGCCGGUAACGACAAUAACACCGUCACCGCGCCAACAACACCUUCCCAUCCCACUCCGACUCCGACUCCGCAAGUCCAAGUCCAGGUUCUCGUACCAUCUCCAUUACAGGCAAACGGCCCUCCUUCUUCCCGCUCCACUCCCUCUACUCCCGCCCAAGCUCCGGCUUCUCAGACUGCGGCUCGCAAUACCGACGCAUUGCACGUCUCCCCCGUGGUAGAGACCACGGCUAAUGUCGAAAACAACGAGAAUAUCAGAACCAGCAUUAAUAACGGCAACCAAGCACUGUCUCAGAGUGAGCUCAAUAAUAUUCCUUCACGCCCUAUUAUGCCCCUUCCUCGCAGGUUGCCGUUGCCUCAAAGGCACCAACCUUUCUCACGUUUUGCACCUGUCGCCUCCUUGAUUAGCCCUCACAGCUUGGAGGUGUCCCCUACCCCUAUCGUCGACAUGCAAGGCGGCGUUACUCGCAAUGGCGAACGCACCAGUCCUGCAGAGCUUCUCUCUUACCCACCUCCCGUUACCACACAACCUCUUCUCUUCUCCAACCCAAAUUCAAACAUUCAGCGCACGCCAAUUUGCCCUUGCUGCAGCAGGGUGCUGGUUUGUCCACAGAAUCAUACUACUUGGACCCAUGAAGGGUUCCGCUUUGCAGAGAGAACCAGACAACUGACACCAGUGAACACAGUCACCGGUAAACGAAGACGAGAGACCGACGAAGAUAAAGAGAAUGUUGGUCACCAGACAGCUCGCGAUGAGCAACGCCCGAAGAAGAAAGUUCAGCGUAAACCCAUCAAGUCCAGAGAGAUACAUCGUCGCCGUCAAGUCACACCAUACGCCGAUCGUCAACGCCGCCGCGUCCUCGAGAGUCAAGGCAAAAUUCAAAGGACAUUGUUCAGGAUUCCAGAGUUGAUUGCACAGAAGAAAGCCGCUGAAGCCGCCUCCCUGAAUGGAAACAAUAACAAUGCUAAUUACGAUGAACAAUCAGAUGAGGUCGCGAUUUCUAUUCCAGUCGAUACCACUGCAACGGCACUCAGCCUUUCGGCUUCUAAUGUGCACUCAUCUCCACCUGAACUACAGCCUAGCACACCAACACGCGUUGGAUGGAGUCUUGGGGGCUUGCUUGGUUCAGUCCCUCGAUCGAUUUCACGAUUCUUACCCGCCUUCGGCGCCGAACCGUCUCAACAUGAGAGACGCGAUGAAACUUCACCGAGUCAGAGUCAUAGACCGGUGAUGCAUCACGAAAACCUUUCCCAAAACCUUUCCAAUGAAACAGAGCAGCUUGGCUACGCGUCACGAACACAUGAAAAUGAUGAUGGCCACCAUAAUUACGAGUCAGUAUCACCCAGCGCGAAUGCAGUUGGUCCUUCCAUCUCGGAGGAGUGGAAGGACACACCAUCAGCAUUGCCAGAGCCAGUUGUUUCAGUUCCAGUCCGAAGUCUAGCUACACAACAGCAGACACAAGAGGAAGAUGACGAGGAAGACCUUUCCUACGAUCUCUUCCCAAGAAACCAUAGAUUGUCGAGCUACUCCAGAGAAGCUGCUCUUCGCCAAGCCGAAGAGGACGCCCGCCAGGCACGAGAACAAGUUCGCAUCGCCCAAGAGGCUGCGCGCCAGGCACAGGAGGAAGCUCGGCUUGCCAAAGAAGAAGCCCGCCAGGCCCAAGAGACGGUAAAGCUUUAUCAACCGACUUCGUCAAAGCCAAACGCUAACAAAGUGGCCAAGACGACCAAUGGCAGGCCAAAGAGGCGCAAGCCCAUCCCUAACCCCCCCGGGUGCAGUUACGGAAUGGACUUGCGCUACUUUGGAUCGACUUCCAGCUCCGAAGCUGAGUCGUCCGACAACGAACGACCCGAACAACCAUCGGCCAGCGUUCGACCUGGUGUCCUGAGGACAGCCGCCGCCGCAGACAGCCAAACACCUGCGCGCGGCGGACUUCGACAGCGAAAGCAGGUACGAUUCGGCCCGAGCCCGCCAGACGUACCGUCGAAGACCCGCAAGAGGGACCUCACGGCAUCAGACGUGAUGGAAGACAUCCCAGAGUCUCCAUCACAAAUCACAGCGGCACCGGCAACCCCCUCUCCACAGCAAGUCUCGACAAUUCCGUCGCCCGAAGACGUCGAGAUGACAACACCAAGCCCUCUUGUGGAGGGGGGGUCCGACAACCAACCCCGAGGGCAGAGCACCUACGGGUUCACGUACGAGGAGUUGUACGGCGAUGACUUCUUCGACGAUAUCGACGAGGAUCCGGUCCCCUCGGGGGCUGGAGACUCGUCGUCCUCCGGUAUCGUCCCUGAGGUCGGUGUACUCCCUGCCCCAAUUCCCAGGGGAGUACUCCUUGGUCAUUCCAAUGGCCAAGUCGCCGCUGCACCCCCGUCGCGACCUGCCCUCGCGACAAUGCCAGUGCCGCUGUUUCGCCCCGCAACGAUAGGAGCGAGGUCUGUUGAGAGACAGAGGUCGGACAUGGAAAGGUUCCGACCUCGACUUCCCAGCGGCCUGCGCACCGCGGAGCGAUAUUCGUCAAGCCCCGUGCCGGCUUCGUCGCCGGCUCUCCAGGGGGUAGUAGGACAGGGACUCGUCCCCCACUCGUUUCAGUGGCCUCGUGCCGCUGAAACUGGGUUCUCUUUGCAGGCCCGGCCGAGUAACGAACGGCUGAGAAUGGGAUUCCAGCAGCUAAUGCGGCAGAGGUAA